AUGACAACAAUACCACCCCAGAAUUGGAGAGUAGAGACAGGCUCAUCGCUGAUCUCCAUCGGCUCACACCGUCUAUGGGUCUCUGUCACUGGGCCACCGCGUAAUAGCCCGCGGGAUCCGCUGGUAGUCGUUAUCGCCGGAGCUGGUGAUGUUGCGGCUUCAUACACAGCCCUCUCACCGCUGGUUUCUUCGUCAUGUCGUCUCUUGCUUUAUGAUCGCUCCGGCCUUGGCCGUAGUGAAUCGAGCCCUAGUACUACUACUACAUCCUCGGAUCUCCCGGAUUACCGUUCUCCACAGAUAUCAGGAUCGAGAUCGCCGGCCGUAACGGUUACGGCCGCAGGAGAACUACACAGCCUUCUUGAAACAAUGCAGUUAGAACCUCCGCUCGUUCUCGUUGCUCACUCAUACGGGGCGAUCAUUGCCCGCGAGUAUCUCCACCUCUAUGACAGUGACGUUGCAGGAAUGAUCCUUGCUGAUGGCUCCACCGAGCGCCAGUGUGACUAUUUUCGUCUCCCAGACCCUGAUAUCAAUGCCGUAUUGGGCGAUCUCAGAGUGGCGCAGGUAACAGGGCUUCGGCAAGAAGCGAGACUAUCGCGAGAUGAGUGGAGGGAACGAGCGAUUGAUAUUGCGCGCGGGGCUGCCGCUGCUGCCCAGACAGAGGCUAAUUCCCAUACGCUGAAUAAAGUUUGCCGCACGCUUGGGAGCAAGAGACAGUUUCAGAAUCGGGCGAUGCGGGAUCGGCCUGUGAGUGUGAUUCGCUGUAGUAUACGGGACUUUGAGCGCAUCUACGAGGCGGGAACUGAGGCGGGCAAUGGGACGACCGAACAGAGACAGGCGUUUCGAAGGCUUUUGGAUCGAUUGCCGUUGAUUGACCAGGAUGCUAAAGAAGAGCAGCUUCAGCUCUCAUCGAACACGCAUCUUGUUUACCUGCCGGAGUGUGGCCACAACGUUCAUUUGACACGCCCGGACGUGGUGGCGGAAGAAAUCCGGUGGGUGCUGGAGCGUGUUGACCAGUGGCAGGGUCUCGGGCGGGACGAGCUGAAGCUUUGA